AUGGCUUUUCAACCUACUCCGGCGGACAUUUCUGUCGCCAUUACCACGCCCAUGGCAAGUUCUAGUGCCGAGCCACGCUUGCUAACAGAGCGUCGUAUCACUCCCACUUGGAGUGUCUCGCAGCUUAAGGGCAAGCUGGAGACUAUGACAGGCGUACCUCCCGGUAGCCAGCGGCUGCUUCUCAAGUCCCCCGGUCGUCCUGACCAAUGGGUUGAAGGCGACGACUCCAUCAUUGGGGACUGGGGGUUGAUGAAGGGUUGUGAGAUUGAGGUGCACGAUACUCGUCCUCAAGCAGCCCGGCCAAAUUUCACCGACCUAUCAUCCGUCGAGAAAUACGUCCUUCCUACAUCCACCUACGAAUCACUCUCGAACUCUGUUCUAGCAUGGAAGAAGAACCAAAAACUUGGCCGGUUCGAUCCGAACGCUCUAACCCCGGAAGAGUCGAUCCGUCAGCAAUCAGAGAGAGAUGCUGCUGAGAUUCAACAGAGAGCGAACUUUCCACUCGAAAAGGAACUGUCCUGGGGCUUAAAGCAGAAGAAUUCUGAUGGUUUUACUUAUCUAGGUAUUGCUGUUGAUAAACGUGCUAUCGUCUUGCCCUCGUCCCCGCCUAAUAUCCGACGAGGAACGAUUCGAUUUGUUGGUCCAGUGCCUACGAUCCCUUUCCCGGGCGUGGACCCUAAGAAGGUGCAGUUAGAUCCCGAGGCUCUCCCUCUCUGGGUGGGCAUUGAGCUUGAUGAGCCGUUGGGGAAGAACGAUGGCAGCGUAGGCGGCCAAAGGUUCUUUACCUGCCCGAAUAAGACUGGUGUUUUCGUGAAGCCUGAGAAAGUCGAGGUAGGAGACUUCCCGCCGUUGGACUUGGAUGACUUGGAUGAUGAAUUAAUGGAGGAAAUUUGAUACGUUUCUUCCAAAGAGUCAAGUAUGAACACACGGAUUAACACAAAAAUAAAGCAAAGCCUGCUACAAUGUACUCCUAAUCUCCCUCAAGUUACUCCGAUAAAUCUACAGCUCAUGUCCCCUUGUUCAUUGAUAACCCACUGUCUGCAAAAUAAAAAGGGAGAAAAGAAGGAAAGAACACAGGAGAAGAAAAGAAUGGGGGACGAAGCCUUGAGGACGUGAGCAGACUUCCAUCCCAACAAUUUCACGUAACUAGCGCUAAUCCAGAGGUCAAAGCCCGGUGCUGGGCAGGAUAUAGGUGGUGGGUGUUUCAAGAUCAUAGGAGACGCAUAGAGCGAACUCGGACACAACGUUUCAAACGAGAUCACGUUGCCUUACGUCCGCCUGCUUUCUGUUUGCCCUUCGGUCGACCUUUUACGCCGGUCGGACGGCCAGUCGGUGUGCUUGAAUCCCCGUCCAUGGCUCCGGGUUUGGUUGCCGACCCGGG